CUGCGGUCAAUUUUCAAAGUAUAUUAGGGCCUCUCGCGAUGGCUGGACGAGAGGAGACGCCCGAUGUGAAAACGAAUGGGAUCAAGAGAGCCUCGCCGGAGGUGAACUUCUGGCAGCGGAAAAAGUUCAAGACGGAGGAACUGCCAUUGUCUGCGGCGCAACAUACAGCGCUCGAGAAUCUGUUACACUCGUUCAAGAAAAAGGGUGGCUUUGACAGCGUGCGCAAGAAGAUAUGGGCUGAUUUCGAUGGAGGGGAACACAAGACGGAGUUUACACAACUACUGGUUGAAUUAGCAGAUUCGCAGAUCGAUCGAGAACCCGAGCUUCUAUCGCGCGAACGCGGCAAGGCAGCGACACUGAUCGAAGGAGCGGCGGACCGCAACAACGUCUACAAAACCGUGGAAACAUCGAUCGAAACGAUAGCAACGAAUCAUAUUGAUUUCAUCCUAAAUUCUGUCCGGGAGAUCCGUCGCAACGAAAUCGGCGAGGAAUCCGCGGCGCAAGAAGAGCAAAACGGCAACAAAACCGACGAGGAAUAUGCGGCCGUCAUUCAAGCCAAGCGGGACGAGCGCGAAAAGAUUCACCAAGAAGCUAUGCGCAAACAGAAAGUGAUCGAUGAUGAGAAAAAGAAGAUUAUAGAUGAGGAGGAUCAGAAGAAACGCGAGAUCCAGCGCCAGAAGGACGAGGAGGAUCGAGCUAGACGGAAAGAGCGAGAUGAACAGAGGCGUGCUGAGCGCGAGCGUUUGCGCGAAGAACAACAGAAACUUGAUGAGCAAAGAGAUCGAGGACGAGACGACAGAUACGAGCGACGUCGACGAGAAGAGCGCGAGAGAUAUCGGGAUUGGGGGCGCGAACGCAGUCGCAGUCGCAGCCGGACUAGAGAUAGGGAGAGGGAGAGGGAACGAGAGCGAGAGCGAGAGCGAGGGCGAGAGCGAGACAGAGACCGGAACAGGAAUUGGGACAGCUACCGAGCUCGUGACCGCUCCCCAAGCCGUCGUUCUGACCGUGCCGUGUCCGAGCGACCUCGCGAUUCGAAGACAAAGUCCACGGACCCGACGCCUGCGCCCCCGCAACCGCCCCAGCAACCACAACCGCCCGUGGAUGAAAAAUCGCUUGAAGAGGCCGCUCUGCAAAUGCUGUUGAAAGAAGGUGAAGAGCUUGCAGCGAAAGCCCGGCAGAAGCCCGAGUUUGAUUUCGAGGAAGCGGAGGCUGUUGAGAACGGCCUGAAAGCCCCUACAACAGAGCAACCUAAAUCUGCAAGUCCAGCGCAGGAUACAAAUAUUGAAAGAAGGCGCUCAACAGCAACAGCAACAAUAACAACAACAGCUGAUGACAAGCAACGGGUGCGCAAACGUGAGGGCAGCCGCAGUCGCAGUCGUACCCGCAGACACUCGUCGCGCUAUGAUAGAGACCAGCGACAGGAGCGAUUACAGGAGACAUCUAUCCGGCCGCGGGACCGUGAUGACGGUCGAGCUCCUAUCCGUGGGUACGACCGUUAUGAGAGUUACCGACCUGGUCGUCGGAGCCGGAGUCGAUCUACCACACAGGGUCAAGAUCGAGACCGGGACCGUGUUCGCGAUGACCGGUACAGGGACGAUCGGGAUAGGGAUCGAAUACGAGACCGACAACCAUCUGAAAGAGACCGAGAUUACCGUCAUCGGGGCCGCAGCCGAGAGAGGGACCGCGAAAGAGAACGGAAUCGAGAUGAUUAUCGUCGCCGACGCUCCCCUGCUCGAGAUCGGGGUCAGGAUCGAGGCCGUGAUCGUGACAGUGAACGACCUCGAGAGAGAAGCCGUGAUCGGGAUCGAGACCGUGAGCGUGAGCGUGAGCGAGAACGAGAACGGGAAAGACCCCGAGAGAAAGAACAAGAUCGCGAACGUGACCGUGAUCGAGAAAAACCUCGAGAAGGGGAUCGAGAUCGCGAGAGAGAGCGAGACCGGGUACAGGCACCCUCCCAAUCACACGGCCGCGCAUCCUCGCGGAAACGGUCACGGUCCCGAGCAGGCCGCCGCUCCCCCAGCGUCCUCGACAUCGACCGCUACGUCCCGCCAACAAGCCGUCGAAGUCGAUCCCCGCGUCGACGGGUGCGCUCUCCAGACCGCCCAGAUCGACCUGAACGACCUGACCGACCUGAACGGGAUGACCGACCUGAACGACCUGACCGACCUGAACGACCUGACCGACCAGAACGGGAUGACCGCGGACGAAUUGAUCGAUAUAUUCCCGGCGGAGAACGUGAGAGGGAGCGUGAAAGAGAUCGGGAGCCGGAAACAGCGCGGGAUGUUUCGAAAAGGCGGAGUCCGGAUCACAGUCGAUGACGGUAACCCUAAUGACUUAUGUACUUGUACUAUAAUCGUUGGAUGUAUAAUUGGGGGUUUGGUGUAUGAACGGGAGGUCUAUAUACUAAUCUCUAAUGAUGAUGACUCUGUAUACAGGAAGGAUAGACAAUGCAUUGGCAGACUAUGUUCAGGUACAGAUGCUUUAUACAAUGCAAUAUAAGAUGAGCUC